AAAUGAAGGAUCAUGUUAAACUCCACACAGGUUUCAUAUUUCACACUUGCUGCCUACUUUGACACUGGAGUUUUUAAAUAUCUAUACUUCCUGAUUAUUCUGACUUUUUAUAUCGCAAUAGUUUGUUCCAAUGUUUUUCUCAUUGUGGUUAUCUGUAUGAACAGAAGCUUACAUGAACCUAUGUACCUUUUUCUGUGCAGCCUGUUUGUAAAUGAACUGUUUGGUAGUACAGGGUUGUUUCCAUUCCUUCUGGUUCAGAUCCUCUCUGACAUUCACACUGUUUCUGCUCCUUUUUGUUUCCUGCAGAUUUUCUGUUUGUACUCUUAUGGAAGUAUAGAACUUCUGACCUUAGCCAUCAUGUCUUAUGACAGAUACCUCGCUAUCUGUUACCCUCUGCAAUAUAACACACAUAUGACACCUAAUAAAAUUGCCAAGCUUACUGCUCUAAUAUGGAUCUAUCCCAUUCUUAUUAAUAUUUUCAUUGUGGCUUGUCUGACUGUCCCUUUGCAGCUGUGUGGAAGCAUCAUUAACAAAGUUUACUGUGACAACUAUUACGUUGUCAAACUGGCCUGCUCUGACACAACAGUCAAUAACAUUUUUGGACUUUGUCACAUGUUCACCGUAAUCUUUGGUCUUAUACUUUUAAUUCUUUACACAUACAUGAGGAUUCUUAAAGUCUGUUUUUCUGGUUCUAAACAGACCAGAAGGAAAGCCGUCAGUACCUGCACACCUCACCUUGCUUCCCUGCUCAACUUCUCUUUUGGAGCUUUCUUUGAAAUAGUGCAAGGCAGAUUUAAUAUGAGCAGAGUACCAAAUAUGUUGCGCAUUAUUUUAUCAUUAUACUGGCUUACAUGCCAGCCGCUCUUCAACCCUGUACUGUAUGGACUGAAUAUGACCAAAAUACGCAUCAUAUGCAAGAGUCUUGGUAAAAGAAUGUAGGAUACUGGUGUCAUCUGUCAUCUAACAAAUCUGUUCCUCUGGAAUGACGAGUAAAAACACAAACUAACAAUAGUAGUGUUAACAGUGAUGAGGACUGUAUAAUGUGUCUGAAAUGUGUCCUAAAUGAUGUCAAAUUAAACAUGUAAAGAGUUGCUUUGAAUCUCUGACAGGUUUCAGUCACUAAAAAUCAGUUCCCUGAACUGAUUCUUGAGACGAAUUCUCAAAUGUUGAAAGAUCUUUUAGUCGUUAAAGUCAGUCUAUCGUCUGAACUGUGUAGUUUAUUCAUAAGUUUAGUGAAUCCUGAUGUGUGAGAUGGCUUCAGCCUUCACCAGUGACUCAUUAUUUUGUUGCUGUAUUAGCACUUGAAUACUUUCAGUUUUUAUUAUUUAUUCUAACUUAAAGACAAACGAAUUAAAGAUUUGAAAUUUAGUCUAGAAUAUAUGUUGAUGUCCUACACAGUCUCCAAAACAUGUAGAAGUGGUCUUCUCUAAUGCAGCCAUGAGGAAUCUGUGGUCCAUUGAACACUAAUUCUUUUAU